UUUUUUGAAAAAUGGAUAUCAGCCAAAGAACAGAAGGAGGCAACAGAUCUAUAAUCGAAUUAGUCAAGGACCAAUCAAGACAAUGCUUAGAGUACCGUAAAGCCAUUGAGGAUUCAAGGAAGGAUAUUUCUGAAGAGGCAAAGGCCAAAAAGAAACAACUCAGUGUCAUUCAAGACCAAGCUAACAAACUUGAUUUUGAGCAAAAGAAAAUUGAAGAUGACCUAUGCGAGUGCAUGUCCAGUUCUAUUAGCCUCAAAGCUAUCCUGAGAUAUAAGAUUAAUGAAUUGGAGUUUAUAAAGGAAAUUCUUAUGGAAAAGGGAAGGCUUGAAGGUUUAGAUAGCAAAUCAAAUAACCCGGAUGAUACUAACUCUCCACUUAUGGUAUCAGAGCACCAAAAUCUUGAAAUAUUGCAAAAUUCUAUUGAUAUUAGCAUUAAAAAAUUCAAAAGCGUUGCUUUUUCAUCUAAAAUCGAGACCACCCUCAUGAACCCUUCAAAACCCAACAAAAACCCUUCUCCAUGAACCACUUGCACUAAAAAUCGAGUUAAGAGUCUCCCUGAAAAACUUGAAGGAACAUCUAAAAUAGCAGAAUCCUUACUGGAGAACCAGCUUUCCCAGAAAUUAUCAUUAAUCCAAUCCCAGUAUCAAAAGGCUGCAUCAGAGUUAGAGAAAGCUAAGAAAGAAAGGUUGUUCCAGAACACUAUUUUCUUCUGGUACGAAGGUAUCAUUUUCCUUUUCCUCGUGCUAGGAGUUUACUUUGUCUUCAAGAACAACCUCCUGGUUUAG